AUGCUCGGGACAGGUGCCGCUGGGCCUGGCGACAGCGGGGAAGGAGCUCGGGAGAGCAGCCAUUGUGAUGCCCUUUCCGCCGCCUCCUGCUCCUCCACCCCCUCCUCCAUCCGCCGACGCUGUGUCACGCAGGUGGUGCUGGACGUGGCAGCAGCAGUGAAGGAGCUGGUGGUGCUGGACGUGGCAGGGGCGGUGAAGGAGGUUGUGCUGGACGUGGCAGGCGCGGUGAAGGAGCUGGUGGAGAACAGCUUGGACGCGGGGGCGACGAGCGUGGAGGUGCGCCUCAAGGACUUCGGCGCAGAGCUCAUCGAGGUGGCCGACAACGGCUGUGGGGUCGCGCCCCCCAACUGGCAGCAAGGAGGUGUUGUGAGUGAGGGUGGUGCAGGGGACGUGUUGAGGGGAAUGGGGGCGUUAUUACAGGAUUGCAUCUUACGCUCUUGCCAUCCGUCCAUCCUCUUCUCGGCGUUUGAAGUGCUUCAGUGUUGGACCCUACAUCCCUUCAGUGUUCCAGCCACUCCACCUGCCCUCCCCCAUCUCUUCCCCCAUCUCUCCCCACCGCGCACCACUGCAGAUGCUGCCCCUCAAGCACUGACCCUCAAGUACCACACGUCCAAGAUCGCACACUUCUCCGACCUCCAAUCGCUCUCCUCCUUCGGCUUCCGAGGGGAAGCCCUCUCCUCCCUCUGCGCCCUUGCUGACGUCACCAUCACCACACGCACCGCGAACGAGCCAAUCGCGAUGCGCCUGGUGUUCGACCAUGGGGGAAAGCUCCUGCCCGGGCCUCGGGAACAGGUCGCCCGGGCAGUCGGAACGACGGUCAGCGUGGCGAAGAUUUUCUCGCCGCUGCCCGUGCGGCGGCGGGAGUUUGAGCGGAACGUGCGGCGCGAGUUUGCGAAGCUGGUGAGCGUCUUGCAGGCGUACUGCGUGGUGUCCACACACGCGCGCAUCCUCUGCACCAAUCAGAGCGGGCGCAGCAGCGCGCGCACCACUGUGGUGCAGACAGCUGGCACGGGGUCGAUGCGCGAGAACAUCAUCGCUGUGUUUGGCGCCAAGGCUGCUGCGGGCCUCGACCCUGUCGACAUCUCCUUCCCCCUCUCCCCUGCUUCCGCCGCUGCUGCCCCUCCUGCUCCUGCUACUCCUUCUCCCGCUGCUACUGGCACAGCUGCCACUACCCCUGCGCAGCUACCACCCUCCUGCUGCACAGUAACCGGGUUUCUAUCAAGGCCAGGAGCGGGCAGUGGCAGGUCGGCGGGAGAUCGGCAGUUCUUCUUCCUCAACGGCCGCCCGGUGGACCUGCCGCGCCUCUCCAAGCUGCUCAACGAGCUCUACCGCUCCUUCAACUCCCUGCAGUUCCCCGCCGCUUUCCUAAACGUUUCGCUUAGCGCGGACGCUUAUGACGUGAACGUGACCCCGGAUAAGCGCAAGGUGUUUUUGCACUCGGAGGCGGCGCUGCUGUCGGGGCUGAGGGCGGCGUUGUCAGAAUUUUAUUCUCCGGAUAGAUAUGUCUACCGAGCCGCGCCGGCCGGUUCGGUGGGGAAGGCGAUUGAGGAACGGGUGAGGAGGGAGGUUGGGGAGAAGGGACGGGUGAGAAGGGGUGUGCGGAGAGGGGUAGGGGAUGGUGAGGAUGAGGGGGAGGGUGUUGAGGAAGGAGAGGAAGAGGAUGAGGGGAGGAGGAAGCGGGUGAGGGUGAGUGGUGGUCGUGGUGGUGGUGCUGCUGCGGGUGCAAGGGGAGGUUGUGCAAUAGGAGAUGCUGAUGAUGAUGGGAGGGGGGGCGGGGGAGAUGAGUUGAAUGGGGAGAUGGAUGGGGAUGGGCAGAUGGAGGAGGCAGAAGGGGAGGGGGACAGAGGGCAACCUCCACAUCAGUUUGAUCGCGGAAAGGGAAGAGGGAAGGCAACGCGAGGGGGAGCAGUGGAGGAAGCAGCACAUGAGGAAGCAGCACAUGAGGAAGCAGCACAUGAGGCGGCAGCACAUGAGGAAGCAGCACAUGAGGCGGCAGCAUAUGAGGAAGCAGCACAUGAGGCGGCAGUCGGGGGGUUGGCAAGGGGAACAGGGGAAGCAGCUGGAGGGCGAGGAGAAGCCCGCAAGGCAGCAGCAGGGUCAGGAGGAAAAGGAGUCACAGCAGGUGGUGCAGCAGGGGCAGCAGGAGGGGGUGCUGGCACGCUGCAGUGGAGCGAGAGCAAGGCAGCCGCCAUGCGCCGACUGCUGCUGCUCAUGAGCCCCCAGGGCAAAGGCAAGGCCAAGGGCAAGGCCUUGGGUCUGGGUAUGGGUGUGGGUGGGGGUGGGGGUGUGCACGUGGGUAUGAGCGAGGACAGAGGCAAGGAUGUGACGUUCAGUGGUGGCACAGCGGACAGGAGGUCGCUGUCUCGGGGGGCAGUGAGUGGUGGGGAGCAGGCACGUGCUUGGCAGGGGUAUGCGACGCGACACAUGACAGGUGUUGAGCGGGAGAGAGACCGGCAGAGGGUGCAGCAAGAGGAGGAAGAGGAAGCAGAAGCGGAAGAGGAAGAGCAAGUGGAAGCGGAAGAGCCAGAGAAAGAAGAGGAGGAAGAGGAGGAAGAGGAGGAAGUGGAGGAAGAGGAGGAAGAGGAGAGGGAGAGUAAGGGAGGCAAUGUGGGCAGAAGGAAUGGCAGCAGCAGGGCAGUGAGGGGAGGAGGACAGCGUUCCAUGGGGGGGGUUGCUACUCAGGCGCAGGGGAUGGGCAGGGAGAGGAUCGGGAGGGGAAGGUUGCGGGGAGAGAGCAGUGAAGGGGUGGAAAGGGCGCAGGGAGGUGCGGAUGGGAGACAGGUGGGUCUUGAUGCUUGGCUGGGAAAGGGGGUUGGGGGGGGACGAGGGGGAAGGGGAAGCGAGAGAGGCAAGAUGGGCGAAGUGGAUGGGGGGAGUGUGAGGGGGAGAGCUGGGGAUGGUUGGGCGGGGCAGGGUGGCAUGGAGCUGGUAGGGAAAUUAGUGGAGAGAGAGGAGGAUGAGGAUAGUGAGGAGGUAAGGGAAGUGGGGCAGGUAGAAGGGGAAGGAGGGGGAAUGCCAGCAGAAAAAGGCGAGAAUCACGAUGCAGGAACGAAUGAUGCUGCUCAAUGUGGUGGGGUUCAUGCUGGCUUACAGGAGGCAACCCGGGAUGAGUGGGCAGGAAAAAAUGUUCUGGAUCUGCCCCUAAUGACGCAAGAGAUGACUCAGGCUGACCUGCCCGAACUUGUGGGCUCACAACUGCUGCCCGGCACCCAGUUGGCCGGGCAGCAGGAAAGUUCUGCGGUAGCAGAUGGGGCAGGGAAGGGAAGGUGUUGCGGCGGGGAUGCAGGGGAGUUGGAAGGAGAGGAGGGAGGAGAGGGAGGCGAGGGAGGGGAUAGAAUGGGAGGAAUAGAAGCGGGAUGGGGGGCUGCAUUGGGCACGACGCGAGUGGCACGGUCAGGGGAAAGGUGGGCGGUGAAGGGCGCAGAGGGCAGCGUGCAGGUGCCGUUUGACAUGCGGCGCGUGCAGCAGGUGUGGCGCAGACGAGCUGAGAUACAGGGGAGAGAGGCGAGGGAGGAGAGUGCAGGGAGAGAGGGGAGAAGGGGAGUGGCAGGGAGAGGGAAGGGCGAGGGGCGGAGGAGCUUUGCAGCAGCGUCGGUGGCAGAUGGUGUGAGUAACCCUGCCCACAGCAGUGGUGGAUGGAAGAUUCAGCAUGAGGGGGAGGCCAAGGAGGCGGCAUUGGAGGCGGCAGCGAGGGAGUUAGAGAGACGGUUUGACAAGCGCGACUUUGCUAGCAUGGCUGUGAUUGGCCAGUUCAACCUUGGGUUCAUCAUUGGACGGCUGGGAUCUGAUCUCUUCAUCGUGGACCAGGGCGUGAGUGUGAGUGGUGAGGGCGUGAGUGUGAGUGGUGAGGGCGUGAGUGUGAGUGGUGAGAGCGUGAGUGUGAGUGGUGAGGGCGUGAGUGUGAGUGGUGAGGGCGUGAGUGUGAGUGGUGAGGGCGUGAGUGUGGUGUGA